AUGAGACUUUUUUCUUGGCCCACCGCAGUGGUUCUCGUCUGUGGGAUAGUAUUCAUUUGGCUUUUCGCAGGAACAAUUGUACUCUCGCUAAUUCCUGUAUACCUUUCUGAUAAAUCGAACUUUGAUCGUGUGCCUACACAUGUACAAUUAUUUGAAUUGAGAUAUGCCACCGCUCUCACGAAUACAACAGGUUAUACAGUAGGCGAUAUUCAUGCAUUGAAUGUUCAGCUUAACAAAGAAUUGCACGUAGGCACCCUCAAUGUUUUGGCGGUUAAACUCCCUUCUUUCACAAAUACCAAACGAAAAAGACGAGCAAUAUCUGACUGUGCGAGCCAACAGAAUUCAACAGGAGACGUUCUCAUAAUUCAGUUUACAUUAAGCAGCGAUAGAACGUGUGCUACUGCCAAAUGUCGAGCGACUCUUAUCGAGAAAGUGAAGACACAUAUUCAAACAAAAUUUUCGUCGUUGUCGUUACCGGUGACUCUAUCAAAUGGUACAUCAAUUUCGCUUCUACUGUCAUUGUGUUCAGUAUCAGCUAUUAGCACAAAUACGAAUUCAAAACUAACAUGUGUUGAUGGGAUUAAGAAUCAAGAUGAAAGUGAUGCUGACUGUGGUGGGUCAGUGUGCGCAGCUCGGUGCGGCAUCAAUCAACAAUGUACAAAGAAUUCGGAUUGUGUAAACAAUAACUGUCAUCAAACACAAAAGACAUGUCAAGAACCAUCGUGUUCUGAUGGCAAUAAAAAUCAAGACGAAACUGAUAUUGAUUGUGGUGAUUCAGUAUGUAAGAUCAAAUGUGAUUUGGAUUACUAUUGUAAUAAAAACGCUGACUGUAUCAAUAACAAUUGCCAUCCAACGAAUAAAAUUUGCCAAGUGGCAUCUUGCGACGACGGAAAUAAAAAUCAAGAUGAAACUGGCAUUGACUGUGGCGGUUCAAUCUGUACACGGCGAUGUGAUUUGAAUCAAGCUUGUUCGAAUAAUUCUGAUUGCUCAAAUGGAAAUUGUUAUGUAUCGCUGAAAAUAUGUCAAGUACCUUCGUGCUGUGAUGGAAAUAAAAAUCAAGAUGAAACGGAUAUCGACUGUGGUGGUUCGAUGUGUGGAGCUCGAUGUGUCUUAACACAGAUUUGUUCAAACAAUUCCGAUUGUGCUAAUGAUAAUUGCCAUCAAACAAAUAAAACAUGUCAAGAGCCAUCUUGCCCUGAUGGAAACCAAAAUCAAGAUGAAACAGAUGUGGACUGUGGUGGUGCAUCAUGUAAAAUUCAUUGCGCUCUGAAUCAAACCUGCGCGGAGAAUUUUGAUUGCGCUAAUAAUAAUUGCCAUCAAAGAAAUAAAACUUGUCAAGAUCCAUCUUGCGAUGACGGAAAUAAAAAUCAAGAUGAAACUGGCGUUGAUUGUGGUGGUUUCAUUUGUGGAGCUCGAUGUGAUUUGAAUCAAGUGUGUUCAAACAACUCUGAUUGCUCGAAUGGAAACUGCCAUAGAUCAUUAAAUCUAUGUCAAGAACAAUCGUGCAACGAUGGAAAUAAAAACCAAGAUGAAACUGAUGUUGAUUGCGGUGGUUUCGUUUGUGGAGCUCGAUGUAAUUUAACUCAAGUUUGCUCGAGUAAUUCUGAUUGCGCCAAUGGUAACUGCCACCAAACAAAUAAAACAUGCCAAGAGCCUUCCUGUUUCGAUGGAAAUCAAAAUCAAGAUGAAACCGAUGUGGACUGUGGUGGUAUAUCAUGCAAAAUUCAUUGCGCUCUUAAUAGAACCUGCGGACAGAAUUAUGAUUGUGCUAAUAAUAAUUGUCAUAAAACAAAUCAAACUUGUCAAGUUCCAUCUUGCGAUGACGGGAAUCAAAACGAAGAUGAAACUGACGUGGACUGUGGUGGCACGGUCUGUAGCGCUCGAUGUGGUUUAAAUCAAGUUUGUUCCAGAAAUUCUGAUUGUUCAAAUGGAAAUUGUUACGCAUCUCUAAAAAUAUGUCAAGCACCAUCGUGCUGUGAUGGAAACCGCAAUCAAGACGAAACUGAUGUUGACUGCGGUGGUUCAGCAUGCCCAGCUCGAUGUAAUUUAACUCAAGUUUGUUCAAGCAAUUCUGACUGCCUUUACAACAACUGUCAUAAAACAAUUCCAUCCUGCGAUGACGGAAAUAAAAACCAAGAUGAAACUGGACCUGAUUGUGGCGGCCACAAUUGUACCAUGCGCUGUGCUUUGGGUAUAACUUGCUCAACGAACUCAGAUUGUAAUAAUGGAAACUGUCAUUUUACACUGAAAACAUGCGAAAACCCAUCUUGUCCUGACGGCAAUCAAAAUCAAGGUGAAACAGAUGUGGAUUGUGGUGGUUCAUCAUGUACGAUUCUUUGCGCUCUUAACAAAACUUGCACACAAAAUUCCGAUUGUGACAAUGGCAAUUGUCAUCAUUCAUUACACAAAUGUUCAGUACCUUCGUGCGAUGAUAGAAAUAAAAAUCAAGAUGAAACUGAUGCUGAUUGUGGUGGAAACACAUGUACCGCUCGAUGUAGUAUAAAUCAAACUUGUUUACAGAGUCAAGAUUGUGCUACUGCCAAUUGCCAUCAGACGUUGAAAACUUGUCAAAAGCCAUCAUGCGACGAUGGAAAUCUAAAUCAAGCCGAAGUCGAUAUAGAUUGCAGUGGACCAUGUGCAACCAAGUGUGUUCUCAAUCAAACUUGCACUGAUAAUGCUGAUUGUGUAAAUGGUAAUUGUCAUCAUGUCACGAAAAAAUGUUCAGGUACGUCCUGUGUCUUUGAGAACGGUCUUAUUUAUGAAAAACAAAUCCAUGUAGAUCUAUCGUGUGAGGACGGAAAUAAAAAUCAAGGUGAAGGUGAUAUUGACUGCGGUGGUCCAUGUCCCACCACGUGUAAUAUAACUCAAACUUGUGCAGUUAACACAGAUUGUGCAAAUGGAAACUGUCAUCAUACAAAGCUCACAUGCGAAUUGCCGUCUUGCGGUGAUGGCAAUCGAAAUCUAGAUGAGACGGAUGUGGAUUGUGGUGGUAGUAAUUGCACCAAACGGUGUACAACCAAUAACACUUGUCAUCAAAAUUUUGAUUGUGACAAUGGCAAUUGUCAUCAUUCAUCGAACACGUGUCAACCGUUUUCCUGUGACGAUGGAAAUAAAAACCAAGGUGAAGGUGAUAUUGAUUGUGGUGGUCCGUGUCCCACUAUGUGCAAUAUAACUCAAACGUGUACAGUUAACACAGAUUGUGCAAAUGGAAACUGUCAUCAUACAAAUCUUACAUGUCAAAAUCCAUCUUGUAAUGAUGGGAACGUCAAUCAGAACGAAACUGAUGUUGAUUGUGGUGGUCCAGUUUGUGGCAACUCUUGUAAUGUUGAUCAAGCUUGUACUCAAAAUUCCGAUUGUGCCAAUGGCAACUGUCAUCAUACAAAUCUUACAUGUAAAGCGCCCUCAUGCAAUGAUGGUAAUAAAAACCAAGAUGAAGGUGACAUUGAUUGCGGUGGUGUUUGUACGACUAAAUGUACAAUUGGUCACACUUGUUUGAAGAAUACUGAUUGUGUCAAUGGAUCGCUUCGUUUAUUGCAUUUAUUUCUAUCUUGUGAUGAUGGAAAUAAAAAUCAAGAUGAAACAGGCGUUGACUGUGGCGGAAAGACAUGUGCUGCUCGAUGUGCUCUUGGUGUAUCUUGUCUGAAUAAUUCAGAUUGUAACAAUACCAAUUGUCAUCAAGCAUCACACCUAUGUGACACUUUGUCAUGCUCCGAUGGAAAUAAAAAUCAGAAUGAGACGGAUGUCGAUUGUGGUGGCUUGUGCAACACAAAAUGUGCUGUUGGUAAAAAUUGUACACAAAAUUCUGACUGUACAAACCAAAACUGUCAUCAUACCUCGCUCACAUGUACAGUUCCAUCUUGCGAUGAUGGAAAUCAAAAUCAAAACGAAACGGAUGUUGAUUGUGGUGGUUUAUGUAGCACAAAAUGUCUUCUGAAUCACACUUGUUUGGUGAAUUCCGAUUGCGCUAAUGGAAAUUGUCAUCAUAUCUCAAAGAAAUGCUCAGAUCCAUCUUGCGAUGAUGGAAAUAAAAAUCAAAAUGAAACGGAUAUUGAUUGUGGCGGCUUAUGUUCAAACAAAUGCACGCUUCAUUCUGGCUGUGCCAAUAAUGUCGAUUGUGCUAACGGAAACUGUCACCAUACAUCAAAUACGUGCGAAAAUCCAUCAUGUACUGAUGGAAAUCAAAAUCAAAAUGAAACAGAUAUAGACUGUGGCGGUCUUUGUCUCACGAAGUGUGCGCUUAACCAAACUUGCAAGGUGAAUGUGGAUUGUGCCAACAGCAACUGUCACACGACACAACUGAAAUGUUCAGCUGAGUCUUGUGAUGACGGAAAUAAAAAUCAACAAGAAACAGAUAUUGAUUGUGGUGGAACACCGUGUGCUGUACGAUGUGCGAUCAAUAUGAAAUGCUUAGUCAAUACAGAUUGUGGAAAUGCAAAUUGUCAUAGAAGUCAAUUGAAAUGCUUAGCUCCAUCCUGUGGAGACGGUAAUCUAAAUCAAAAUGAAACCGAUAUUGAUUGUGGUGGUAUAUGUGGCGCAACAUGUAAAGUUAAUCAAACAUGCUCAAUCAAUACGGACUGUGCUAUUGGGAAUUGUCAUCGGUAUAAUCAUACUUGUCAGCCGGUAUCAUGUUUUGAUGGAAAUAAAAACCAAGCUGAAGGCGAUGUCGAUUGCGGCACACCGUGUACUCUCAAAUGUAACAUUAAUCAAACUUGUUUAGUCAAUGGUGACUGUAUUAACACGAACUGUAAUCAGUACACGAAAGUAUGUGAAGAUCCGUCGUGUGUGGAUGGAAAUAUAAAUCAAGCAGAGACGGAUGUCGAUUGUGGUGGAACGUGUAAUUCAACAUGUGUGAUCGGCAAAGCAUGUGCAGUCAAUACGGAUUGUGUCAAUGGAAACUGUCAUCAGUAUAAUCAUAAAUGUCAAAAUCCCUCUUGCAGCGACGGGAACCUAAAUCAAAACGAAACUGACCUAGAUUGUGGCGGUGUAUGUGUUGGAACAUGUACGCUCAAUAAAGUAUGUAAAAUCAAUGGAGAUUGUGCAAAUGGAAACUGCAAUAAGUAUAAUCAUACGUGUCAACAUCCAUCUUGUAACGACGGUAAUAAAAAUCAAAACGAAACCGAUACCGACUGUGGUGGUGUAUGUGGAGCAACAUGUGGAGUCGCCAAAGUAUGCCAGAUCAAUGGGGAUUGUGCAAAUGGUAAUUGUCAUACUGGACUGAAGACAUGUCAAGAUCCGUCGUGCUUCGACGGAAAUAAGAAUCAAAACGAGACUGAUCUGGAUUGUGGCGGUAUAUGUGGUGCAACAUGUAAUCUUAAUCAAACAUGUUUAAGCAGUUUGGAUUGCAUAAUUGGAAAUUGUCAUGCAACAUUGAAGAUAUGCCAACCACUUUCGUGCUCCGAUGGAAAUAAAAACCAAGGAGAAGGUGAUAUUGACUGUGGCGGUCCUUGUACCACUUUGUGCAAUAUAAGUCAAACGUGUUUGGCAAACACAGACUGCGUAAAUGGAAAUUGCCAUCAGUCAAAUCAUACAUGUCAGAAUCCAUCUUGUAAUGAUGGAAAUAAAAAUCAAGGAGAAAUUGACGUUGAUUGCGGUGGCCCCUGCUCUACUAAAUGUGCUAUUAAUCAAGUGUGUAUAACAAAUAGCGACUGUGCUAAUAACAAUUGUCAUAUGACGAAACAUCAGUGUUUAGCUCCUUCUUGCGAUGAUGGAAACCUAAAUCAAAAUGAAACCGACUUGGAUUGCGGUGGAAUAUGUAUUGCUACAUGUGCGCUGAACCAAUCGUGUAAGACCAACGCAGAUUGUGCAAAUUACAACUGUCCAGCGGCAGUAAAGACAUGUCAACCCUAUUCUUGUUUUGAUGGAAAUAAAAACCAAGGUGAAGGCGACGUUGAUUGUGGCGGUCCCUGUAGUGCGACAUUGUGUUCCCUAUACAAAGCAUGCAACGUGAACUCAGAUUGUUUGAAUGGAAACUGUCAUCAGACAAAUCACACAUGUCAACCUGCAUCUUGUAACGAUGGAAAUAAAAAUCAAAACGAAGUUGAUAUUGAUUGUAGCGGUCCAUGUACAAAAAAAUGCUCUAUCAAUCAAGGCUGCGUAGCAAACAGCGAUUGUGCCAAUAGCAAUUGCCAUACAACGAAACAUCAAUGUUUAGCUCCUUCUUGUGAUGAUGGAAACCUAAAUCAAAAUGAAACUGAUUUGGAUUGCGGUGGAGUAUGCGUGGGAACUUGUGCGUUCAAUCGAACUUGUAAGAUCAAUGCAGAUUGUACAAAUUAUAACUGUCCCACAGCGCUGCUGAGAUGUGCACUUUAUUCUUGUUUCGAUGGAAAUAAAAAUCAAGGCGAAGGUGAUGUUGAUUGUGGUGGUCCUUGUAAUACGACGCUGUGUGCUCUAAACAAAACAUGCAACGUGAACUCUGAUUGUGCAAAUGGAAACUGUAAUCAAUAUAAUCAUACAUGUCGACCUGUUUCCUGUUCUGAUGGAAAUAAAAAUCAAAAUGAAACUGAUGUUGAUUGUGGUGGUGUCUGUGGUGCAAAAUGUAAAGUUAAUCAAACCUGCUCAGUAAAUACAGACUGUGCGAAUGGAAAUUGUCAUCAUACAAAUCUGACAUGUCAAAAUCCAUCUUGCAAUGAUGGAAAUAAAAAUCAAGGAGAAAUUGAUGUUGACUGUAGUGGUCCGUGUAGCACAAGAUGUAUCGUUGGUCAGAACUGUAACUCUAACGGUGAUUGUGCAAAUGGAAACUGUAAUGCAUAUUCAUACAAGUGUGAUGUCCCAAACUGCAACGAUGGAAAUAAGAAUCAAGAUGAAACAGAUGCUGAUUGUGGUGGCGCUACCUGCUCAGGUCGAUGCGACAAUAAUAGAGCUUGUCUAAAUAGCACUGAUUGUGAAAGCACGAAGAAAACGUUUCACAGUAGUCAUAGACCAUUUUAUCAGAUUAAAAACAAAUUGUUCGACUAUCCGAAAUCAAAUAAUAGAAAUNAUUGUGGUGGUGUAUGUGGCUCAACGUGCAAAGUGAAUCAAACAUGCUCAAGAAAUACAGACUGUGCAAAUGGAAAUUGCCAUACAGCAUUGAAGACAUGUCAACCACUUUCGUGCUCUGAUGGAAAUAAAAACCAAGGAGAAGGUGACAUUGACUGUGGCGGUCCUUGUACCACUUUGUGCAAUAUAAGUCAAACGUGUUCGGCAAACACAGACUGUGCAAAUGGAAAUUGUCAUCAAUCAAAUCAUACAUGUCAGAAUCCAUCUUGUAAUGAUGGAAAUAAAAAUCAAGAUGAAACAGAUACAGACUGUGGUGGUGUAGCAUGUGGUGCAUCAUGUCCUAUUGGGAAAACGUGUAGCGCAAACACAGAUUGCAGCAACGGCAAUUGCCCUACUAGUGUAAAGAAGUGUCAAGCUUAUUCGUGUACCGAUGGUAAUCAAAAUCAAGGAGAAAGUGAUGUCGAUUGUGGAGGUCCAUGCUCUACAAAGUGCAGUAUAAGUAGAAGCUGUAACAUCAGUGCUGAUUGUACGAAUUCGAAUUGUAAUGCUGCAUCACAUAAAUGUGAAAUUCUGUCUUGUGUUGAUGGUAACAAGAAUCAAAACGAAACAGAUAUCGAUUGUGGUGGCAUAUGUGGGUCGACCUGCACACUGAAUAAGACAUGUUCAUCAAGUGCUGAUUGUGCCAAUUCAAAUUGUAAUACGGGAACGAAGAAAUGCGUUAAUCCAUCUUGUAACGACGGUAAUAAAAAUCAAAACGAAACCGAUACCGACUGUGGUGGUGUAUGUGGAGCAACAUGUGGAGUCGCCAAAGUAUGCCAGAUCAAUGGAGAUUGUGCAAAUGGUAAUUGUCAUACAGGACUGAAGAAGUGUCAAAGCCCAUCUUGUUCUGACGGGAAUCAAAACCAAAACGAAUCUGAUAUAGACUGUGGUGGUGUGUGUACCACAAAGUGUGCUCUCAAUCAAUUAUGCAAGGUGAACUCUGAUUGUACGAAUGGAAACUGUUAUCAAACAAAUCACACAUGCCAACCAUAUUCAUGUUCGGAUGGAAAUAAAAACCAAGGCGAAGGUGAUAUUGAUUGCGGUGGUCCAUGUAAUACGACUCUAUGUGCUUUGUACCAAACAUGCAACGUGAAUGCCGACUGUGUAACUGGAAAUUGCCAACAAGCGAAUCAUACAUGUUUACGUAAACAGAAAUAUUUACAUUUCAUUUAA